AUGGAUCCAGCCACAGCCACAGGACCCCCCCUGGACUCUGACUACUUCUGGACAACCGAGGACUACGGCACCGAUGACUACGGCACCGAUGACUACGGCACCGGUUCCCCGGACGGCGGCGGGAUGUGCGGCCGCGGUUGGGUGCGAGACUUCCGGGCGCAGUACGAACCGCCGCUGUUCUGGAUCAUCUUCCUCUUGGGCGCCGUGGGAAACCUCCUCGUCGUCCUCAUCUACUGCACCUUCCGCCGCCGCAUCAAGACCAUGACCGACAUCUACCUGCUCAACCUCGCCGUGGCCGACCUCCUCUUCCUCUGCACCCUCCCCUUCUGGGCCCAGGACGCGCUCAACGGCUGGAGCUUCGGCCGCGGCGCCUGCAAAGUGGUUCUCCCCGUUUACAAGAUCAACUUCUUCAGCAGCGUGCUCCUCCUCACCUGCAUCAGCGUGGACCGGUACGUGGCCAUCGUGCAGGUCGCCAAAGCCCACAACAGCAAGAAGAAGCGUUUGUUCUACAGCAAAGUGGCGUGUUUAGCGGUGUGGCUAGCCUCCGUGCUGCUAGCUUUGCCCGAGUUCAUGUUCGCCACGGUGAGGACGGGCGAGAAGAAGUCCUGCGCGCUGGUUUACGGGGACAACAGCAAGAAUCGGACGAAAAUCUUAGUGCUAGCUUUGCAGAUCUGCGUCGGGUUUUGCCUCCCGCUGAUUAUCAUGUUUUUCUGCUACUCCGUGAUCAUCCGGAAGCUUCUCCAGGCCAAGAACUUCGAAAAGCACAAAGCCCUGCGCGUCAUUUUCGCCGUCGUUUUGGUGUUUGUCCUUUCCCAGCUCCCGUACAACGCCUUUCUCGUCAUGGAGGCUACGCAAGCGGCUAACGUUAGCAUUACGGACUGUGAGACGGUGAAGAGGUUCGACGUGGCGGGGAAGGUGGCCAAGAGCCUGGCCUACACGCACGCCUGCCUCAACCCCUUUCUCUACGUGUUUAUCGGGGUUAGAUUCCGGCAAGACCUGAUGAAGAUGGUGAAGAUGAGAGCGGGAAGUCUGAGCAAAGCCGGACUCAUGGUGUCGCCGUCGAGCUCCAAGAGGCAGCCGUCCGUCAUGUCGGAGACGGAGACCACCCCAGCUCUGUCUUUGUGA